AUGCCUGAACGAUCUUCUAUGCUGGCUCCGGCCCAUAUUCUGAGCUAUGGCUCCUUGCUAGGAUUUCAGUCCUACCAGACAUUUGUCAGUGGCAUAAUUGCAUUUAAAUCGCUUCCCAGGCCACAGUUCUCGACCCUCCAGUCGUCCAUUUUCCCAGUUUACUUUGGCCUGCAGACUGCGGUGCCACUUGUACUUGCUUUGACCUACCCCGGUGAAAAGGUCGCUGGGCGCUUUGGAGCCUCAGGAUUUUCCGGUGUCUUCUCUGAGAGCAACCGAUGGAAUACCCUUGUUCCCAUCGUUACCACGUUUUUGGGCGGGAUCACCAACUUGUUGAUUAUCCAGCCAGCGACUGCAAAAGUAAUGCGCCAGAGAAAGGAACAAGAAUCAAUCGACGGGAAGAAAUAUACCGACGCCGGUCCUCACUCGAAAGAGAUGAUGAAACUAAACAAAACAUUUGGACGACUUCACCAGAUGUCUGCUGUGAUUAACUUAGCCGCACUAGUUGCGACCGUUUACUACGGUACAGUCCUUGCUGAACGCCUCAACUAG